GGAGAUGGCAGUGAUGGAAGUGGCCUGCCCAGGUGCCCCAGACCCAGCAGUCGGGCAGCAGAAGGAGCUUGCCAAAGCCAAGGAGAAGGCGCAGGCAUCGGGGAAGAAGCCAGGCUCUGUCUCCAAGCUUGAGGCGGCGAAGAAGAGCCCUGUGUUCUGCGGGAAGUGGGACAUCCUCAAUGACGUUAUCGCCAAAGGCACAGCCAAGGAGGGCCCCGGAGGAGGCCCCACCGCCAUCUCCAUCAUCGCCCAGGCCGAGUGUGAGAACAGCCAAGAGUUCAGCCCCACCUUUUCAGAGCGAAUUUUCAUCGCCGGGUCCAAGCAGUACAGCCAGUCCGAGAGUCUUGAUCAAAUCCCCAACAAUGUGGCCCACGCAACUGAGGGCAAGAUGGCCCGGGUGUGCCGGAAGGGAAAGCGUCACAGCAAAGCCCGGAAGAAACGCAGGAAGAAGAGCGCGAAGCCUCAGGCUCACGCAGGAGUGGCCUUGGCCAAGUCACUGCCCCGAACCCCCGAGCAGGAGAGCUGCACCAUCCCAGUGCAGGAGGACGAGUCUCUGCUAGGUGCCCUGUAUGUUAGAAGCAUCCCUCAGUUCACCAAGCCCCUGAAGGAACCAGGCCUUGGCCAGAUCUGCUCUAAGCAGCUGGGCGAGGGCCGGCGGCCAGCACUGCCUCGUCCAGAACUCCAUAAACUCAUCAGCCCCUUGCAAUGUCUGAACCACGUGUGGAAGCUCCACUACCCACAGGACGGAGGCCCCCUGCCCCAGCCUACUCACCCUUUCCCCUACAGCAGGCUGCCCCAUCCCUUCCCGUUCCACCCGCUGCAGCCCUGGAAACUCCACCCCCUCGAAUCCCUCCUCCUGGGCAAACUGGCCUCCUGUGUAGACAGCCAGCAGCCCCUGCCCGGCCCACGCCUGAGCAAGUUGGCCUGUGUAGACAGCCAGCAGUCCCUGCCUGGCCCACACCUGGAGCCCAGCUACGUGUGUCGAGGCCCCUACAAGCAGUUUUCUGUGGAGGAAUACCUGGUGCACGCUCUGCAAGGCAGUGUGAGCUCGGGCCCGGCCCACAGCCUGGCCAGCCUGGCCAAGACCUGGGCGGCAGGGGGCUCUAGGCCCUGGGAGCCCAGCCCCGAAACCGAGGACAGCGAGGGCGUCCUGCUUACGGAGAAACUCAAGCCGGUGGAUUACGAGUACCAAGAAGAAGUCCACUGGGCCACACACCGGCCCCGCCUGGGCAGAGGCUCCUUCGGAGAGGUGCACAGAAUGGAGGACAAGCAGACUGGCUUCCAGUGUGCUGUCAAGAAGGUGCGUGUUGAGGUGUUUCGGGCGGAGGAGUUGGUGGCAUGUGCAGGCCUGACGUCGCCUCGAAUCGUUCCUCUGUACGGAGCUGUGCGGGAAGGUCCGUGGGUCAACAUCUUCAUGGAGCUGCUGGAAGGUGGCUCUCUGGGCCAGCUCAUCAAGCAGGAGGGACGUCUGCCGGAGGACCGUGCCCUCUACUACCUGGGCCAGGCCCUGGAGGGGCUGGAGUACCUCCACACACGGAAGAUUCUCCACGGUGACAUCAAAGCUGACAACGUGCUCCUGUCCCGUGAUGGGAGACGUGCAGCCCUCUGUGACUUUGGCCAUGCUGUGUGCCUUCAACCUGAUGGCCUGGGGAAGUCCCUGCUCACAGGGGACUACAUCCCGGGCACUGAGACCCACAUGGCCCCCGAGGUGGUGCUGGGCAGGCCCUGCGACGCCAAGGUGGACGUCUGGAGCGGCUGCUGCAUGAUGCUGCACAUGCUCAACGGCUGCCACCCCUGGACUCGGUUCUUCCGAGGCCCACUCUGCCUCAAGAUUGCCAGCGAGCCUCCGCCUGUGAGGGAAAUCCCGCCCUCCUGUGCCCCUCUCACAGCCCAGGCCCUCCAGGAGGGGCUGAGGAAAGAGCCUGUACACCGAGCGUCUGCACUGGAGCUGGGGGGCAAGGUCAGCCGGGCACUGCAGCAAGUGGGCGGUCUAAGGAGCCCCUGGAUGGGGGAGUGUGAACAGCCGAGACGUCUGCCAGACCUGGCCCGGCCCCACCCGAGCAUGCGAACCCAGCCUGAGCUCCCGCCAGCCGAGGACGCGGCGCACCGGGCCCCUCAGCUCCAGCCUCCACUCCCGCCAGAGCCCCCAGAGCCGCACAAGUCUCCACCCUUGCCCUUGAGCAAGGAGGAGUCCGGGAUGUGGGAAGGCUUGCCACUGUCCUCCCUGGACCCGGCCCCUGCCAGAACGCCCAGCUCACCAGAGCGGAAAUCAACCCCCCCGGAACAGGAGCUACAGCAGCUAGAGACAGAGCUGUUCCUGAACAGCCUGUCACAGCCGUUUUCCCUGGAGGAGCAGGAGCAGAUGCUCUCGUGCUUGGGCAUCGACAGCCUCUCUGUGUCAGAGGACAGCGAGAAGAACCCCUCCAAGGCCUCUCAGAGCUCCCGCGACACCCUGAGCUCCGGCGUGCACUCAUGGGGCAGCCAGGCUGAGGCUCAGAGCUCCAGCUGGAACGCGGCGCUGGCCCGAGGGCGGCCUGCCGACACCCCCAGCCACUUCAACGGUGUGAAAGUCCAAAUCCAGUCUGUCAACGGCGAGCACCUGCACAUCCGCGAGUUCCACCGGGUCAAGGUGGGGGACAUCGCAACUGGCAUCAGCAGCCAGAUCCCAGCCACAGCCUUCAGCUUGGUGACUAAAGACGGGCAGCCUGUUCGCUACGACAUGGAGGUGCCAGACUCGGGCAUCGACCUGCAGUGCACACUGGCGCCUGACAGCAGCCUCGCCUGGAGCUGGAGAGUGAAGCACGGCCAGCUGGAGACCAGGCUUGAUGGGCUGAGACAGUCGGCCCGCUCCUGGGAUCUGCCCUCCCCUGGCCCUGUGGUGGGCCCAGAGCCUGACAGCAGCAAGGCAGGGGGAGCAGGACGCUGCCCGGAUUUCCCCCUUGGGUCCUGCCCAACCCGCUGCAAGCACUCCACCGCGUGA